AUGGUUUCUCUGAAAAAUAUUUUGAAAUUCUCCCAGCGUCAUCGCGGACCCACUGCCUCGGCAUUAAGAGCGUCCACUGCCGCCCCCGCAUCAGGCUCCCCGUCCAUCGACAAUUCGCAGGGUGCUUCAGCCGCUGUGGCGGAGCUGUCGGAUGCUCUUGGUACUGUUUUUGAUAAAAUUGACCUGGAUGGCGACUUAAAUGGCCAAGCCCAUGCCUUGCUGGAGCGACUUGAUCAAGAGGCUUCCCAAUAUGGAAACUCUCAGUUGAAAGAUGAGCAGUACCCCGAUUGGGAAUGCUCACAGGACAAAGCUCGAUUAAUUUCCGUCGCGUGGCACUGUGCCCGAACGGUGUAUGAGAGCUCAUCGAGUCUACCACCGAACAACUCUGUUCACUGCGGAAACUGGAAUCUCGAGCCAAGAAAUUGUAUCGUUCCAUCGGCUGAUGGAACAAUCAAGGCUGUCUCCUUUAGCUGUGUGUCAGCUACUGUGCCCGGAACAGCAGAAAAUGGUCUUCCAGUAUUAAUAGUCGCUAUUCGAGGGAGCGCUAGCGCGGUCGACCAUAUGGUAAACGCUAACCAUGAGCCGCGAAAUGCGGAUAACUUUAUUGAUUUAUCUCGACUUGCGCCCGAGAAAACCUCGACCCUUCAGGCACAUUCCGGGUUUUUGAAUAGUGCAAAGGCUCUAGACAAGACUGUAUCACACAAUAUAACAGAUUAUAUCCAUCCUAAUGAAGGCAGAUACAGCCAUGUCCUAUUUACGGGCCAUUCGGCAGGGGGCGCCGUGGCGUCACUUUUGUUCCUUCGGUACCUGGCACUGGUACACCUUUGUAAGAGACUCAGUUUGACCUGCCAGCCUGAAGCUCAAUAG